AUGUCUAAACUUCCUGAUGAAGUUUUAAAGAAGAUUCUUAAUGAAAUACAAACACAAGCAAUUGCUUCUCAACAACAUAUAACAACAAGUCAAAUACAACGUCAAGCAAAGGAAAAAGAAAAAAAAAUAUCAGAAUUAAUAUUUAAUGAAUUAUCAAAGUUAACAAGGGAUACGCCAGUUUAUAGUUCGGCAGGAAAAGCAUUUAUUAAGGAAGAUUUAAAUCAAAUAGAGCAAAAAUUAACAACACAAAUUAAAGAAAUAAACAAUGAAAUCGAUGCUCUUAAUAAAAAAAUUAUAUAUCAUGAAACAACUCUUGCUAAUACACAACCACAUAUUGAACGUAUUAUGAACAGUUAG